AUGGCUUUCAAAGUUAUAGUAUUCGCCUCCAUCUUCGCUUACGCCAACGCUGGAUUUUUCGGCGAGGCUUAUUCUGCAGGUCCAGUAGCAACUUACUCUGCAGGUCCAGUAGCAGCCUACUCUGCAGGCCCAGUAGCCUAUUCAGCCGGUCCAGUAGUAUCAGCCUACUCCACACCUUUGGUAGCCAAAAGCGUACAUCCAGCACCAGUAGCCUACUCAUCACCACUGAUCGCAAGCCCCGCCGUAUCUAAAUCGGUAGUCAGCACCUACACCAACCAUGGAUCUCCAUACAUCUCUUCUUAUGCCGCUCCAGCUCCUGUAGUAGCUAAAGCCAUUGCUCCAGUUGUUUCAAGCUACUCUGCUCCUGUCGUAUCUGCUUACUCCUCUCCUCUUGUAACCAAGUCCUUUGGUGUCCCCUUGGCCUAUUCAUCUCCGGUAUAUGCUGCUCAUGCUGCUCCAGUUGUUUCCAGCUACGCUGCACAUGGUCCUGUUGUAUCCAGCUAUGCUGCUCACUCUCCAGUUGUGUCCAGCUAUUCUGCUCACUCUCCAGUUGUUUCCAGCUACGCUGCUCACUCUCCAGUAGUAUCUGCAUACUCUGCUGUUCCAGUCGCUCAACCCUGGUAA